GUCCCUCUCCCUUGCCAGCCAGGCGCUCUCGGCCGGGCUGGAUAAGGUUACGCCGAGGCUUCCUUGGACGGAGGAAGGGAGGCGGGUCCGAGCCCGCGCCCCGGCCCGCGGGGGAGUUGCCGCAGUUGGCAGGUCGGCCCGAGGGGCCACAUCCGGGCUACGGGUCGGCGCGUGCGGGCGGCGGAGCGCAACCCCGGGCCCGGCCCGCCAUGGCGUGGGAGAGGCUACCGGGGAGGGGCUGCGGUGCCCUGCACCGCUGUCUGCUCGGCGCUGCUCUGCUGCUCGGCCUGCGGCUCUGCGCGGAGCUGCGGCGCGCCGGGGCCCAGCCUCCGGCCCGCAGCGGCCUGCCGGGCCCGGCCCCCCGACCGCCCGAGCCGCCCCUGCCGCCCGCGCCGGCCCAGCGGCGCGGCGUCAGCCGGAGGCAGGUGACCUACGUGCGCAGCGGGCGCCGAGCGCCGCCGCGGGGCGGCGGGAGCGGGACGCAGGAGCCGGGCUGCUGCUCUCCGCGCGGGCGUCCCCGCCGUAAGGGUCCCCGGUGGCAUAUAGAUCUCCAGCCUUGGGCAGGUCCUGCUCGGUCCCUGGAUGAAGAAGCCUUGAGGUUCCUGAGAUACAUCAGCACCAUUCAGAUUGCGUGUGAUCACGUGAGCACAGACAGCCUGGCUACUGACUCCAGCCCUUCAAAAAAGCCCUGGUCUGUCUGUCUUGAUGACAGGUUUGGCUUAGCUCAUCAAAUUCGCAACAAGCAGUGCCGCCUCUAUUCUUUAGGGCUGGGAAGUGAUGAUACCCAUUUUGAGGUCGGCAUGGCCAAUGAUGGAUGUGAAGUGCAUCGUUUUGAUCCUACUGUUAAAUCAGCUCACGUUCUGGAGAGUGAGCGUUUUUGGUAUCACCGCUUGUCCGUCGACUGGCGGGACUCCCAUCCAGCUGUUGCUGCCCAAAAACCAUAUAGCAACACCAGAAAACUGAGAACCAUUUUGAAUGAAUUUGGGCAUCACAAGAUUGAUGUUCUCAAAGCAGAUCUGGAAAGCGCAGAGUGGAAAGUUUUGGAAAAUCUUAUUCUGGAAAAUGUCCUUGAACAAAUUGGACAGCUCAUCUUUGAGAUCCAUCUCCACUGGCCUGGCUUUGAGGUCAGUGGCAGUGACAGCAGUGUUGUGCGGUUCUGGUACAGCCUCCUCAAAGAGUUAGAACUACAGGAUUUCAGGCUUUUUCACAGUUACAAAGAUUUAUCUAAACCUCAGCUAUUCUUGAAGAAAGAUAUUUUCAAUGCGAGUAGCUGUUAUACUCUGAGUUGGGUGAAUACAAGAUGGAAAUAGGAUGCAGGAGCUCAUCAAGAGCUCAAGGAAAUAUUUGCAGCGUGGAUCAUGAUUAAUCAUUAAUCAAUGAUUCUAGUUAUUCCGGUUUACUUGUCUAGUCUCCCACUAGCCUGUGACCUGCUUGAGGCAGGGAUUGUGUUAUUGCCUUUGUGGUACAUGUAGCCUGGCAUCUCACACAUGGUAGGGGAACAGUUAACACUUGUUGAGGGGAUGGACACAGGAGUGCCACAGCAGUCAACCUCCGUCUGCCCAAACCCAGGCUCUUUGCCUGUCUGCCUCUGACAGAGUGGGAUGCUUGUCCUCCUUCAUUUCAGCUUGGAAGAUAAUCCCACACUUAUCUCAGUUUCCCCUAAAAUUAAUUAUGUAUCUGUAAUCCAUGAAUUUACCACCAUGAAAAAGAAAUUAUAUCACGUUUCUGUUUUUACUGGGUUGAGGAGAUCCUUAAAUGUGUAGUCUGCUGUUUAAAAUAGGGCCUUUCAUUUGAUGUUAACUCACCUCUUCCAAGGAUUUUCUUGUUCACUGUGUCAUUAACAUUCUUUACAGCCUUGUAGAUUUCAAUUAUUCCUCCUCAGUUUUUGCUGAGGCCAUGCUGUGACUUUAUAAAACCACUGAUUCUGGUUGCUGGGAACUCAGACACACCAAAUUCUGUAACUGAGUUAAAAAGACUAGAGUAUCAAGUUAUUCAACUCAGGAUUCUUUUCAUGCUCAGCCUUAAAUCCCCUCUGUUCCUAUGAAACUAAACACAAAGCAGAACUUGGGUGUCUUCAAACCUGAUUUCUCAACCUCCAACUUGCCUAUGGUAUCAAAUCUUUUUUUUUUUUUUUUUAUAUUAUCUCCAAGAUUAAGUUUUUCCUUGCUGCCAGUUGGCAUUCAUUGUAAGCCUGUGGCCUGAGGGCCAGAGUCUCUCUCUUUCCUGGGACAGAUACAGUGUGUUUUGGUAAUACCAAUCCUUUUUGUAUAUAUUUUUUAAUUAAGCAGAUGAUGCAUGUUCUCAGUAGUUCAGACAAUCUCUAUCAUUUCUGUUUACAGGAUUAGACAUUUACGCCUACAAAUGAUUUUCAAAAAUCCUAUUUCAAAUAAAUUAAUUAAAUAGUAUAAAAAUAAAUCAAAUUAUUACCUUUUUAUAAAUUAAGUACAUCUUCUGGUAUUUUUUAUAUCCCAAGAGAGCAGGAAUACAUACACUGUUCAUUUGAGAAAUUUUGGGAGAGCAUAAAAUGCUGAUUACUACUAGACCUCGAUUCCUUCUCCCCAUUGUUUUACCUCCUUCCACCCCAGACAUUCCCUGGGUUGGCUUUUUGCUUUUUGCAGUGGUUUGAAAAUAUCAUUCCUCAGGUGAGAAACCAAAAUACAAUAGAGUUAUAUCAUCUUACUAACUUGGGUUCAAAAGGGAAUAAGACUUUCUGAAUUAGUAGUGAUGAUUUUUUAAAAUAUAAAUGAGGUUUUUUAUAUUAAAACUUAUAGUACACUAAUAAAAGUCAUUGAGGAGAGAGGACCAGCUUGAAUGAGUUUGAUUUUAAAUAACAGUUUAGUUGCUUUCAAUGUCCCUAGGUAUUUCAAAAGUACAAAAAGUUUAUCAAACUCAAAAGUGGUUUUUACUGUUAGUUUGCAUGGUGUAGCCUCCAAAACAAAGUUAACUUCAGUCCUGUUUGGAUUAUAUCACAGAUUAUCUUUCAUUUUUUAAUAAAAAUUUUAUACACUAAAGUAAACACAGAUCUUUUUAUACAUUAAAACUUUUAACCCUUCUUAUACACCAAGGUAUGAAGUAUACUAAUCCUAAGUAUCUAGUAUGACUAGGUUUUAGAUGUAUUCACACUCAUACCAAGAUUUUUAAUUCAUGGGAUUGAAGAUUAAUGGCAUUACUGAAAGCCCCCUUUGUACAGGACAGGUUACCAUUUAUUCCGGAUUGGUGGUGCAGAACAUUGACUUCAUCACACUAUAUAUAUCUGAAGCAAGAAUGGAAGUACUGUUAGGAAAAAAAUAAAGACAAACUCAAAAUAAAUCACAAACACACCCACCCACACCCACCUACUAGGCAGCCUGUUCAAUUGUUAUUUGUACUUAUUUUAUGAUUUUUUUCUAAGACUGUCCUUCAUUCCCUUCAUGGAGAGUUUGAAAUUUGUGAUGAAUAUUCUGACUGUUGCUGUGGUUUCCCUGCCUCUAGAUUUAUUAUGCUUAUUGUGUGGGCCAGGGUUUUUUAACCUCAGCAUUAUUUCCAUUUUGGGCUGGGUAAUUCUUUGUUGGGGGAGGGAGGGCCAUUCUGUGCAUUGCAGGAUGUUUAGCAGCAUCCCGGGCCCUCCCCCUAGGUGCCAGGAGCACCACAAAAACAACACAAACAAAAUACAAAAAACAAACAUACAAAAUCAAGAGCUGCUACUCAUUGAGAGCUUACUAUGUGCCCAGUACUGUGCAUAGAUUAUUCCUAAUGCUCCGAACAGUCCUAUAAGGAAGUGUAAUUUUUCCAGUUAUACAGGUAAGGAAACUCUGAGAGGUUAAAUAGCUUAUUCAGAUGAUUCAAAUGGUGAAGCAGGCAUCCAUAUCUCAGACUGCCAGAUCCCAAAGCCCAUGCAGGGCCCCUCCACCGUGUGCUUCAAUAGCCUUUGACAAACGUAAGGACAUAUUUUUGCCUCCCUAUUAGUAAAUGGGAAGAAAAGCCUACAAAUAUACUAAGACCAGACCUGCAAAUCUGUUAGAGUUGGGAUCACUUUUGUAGCAUGCAGGUUUAAUUUAAACAAUCUACUUAAUUAAAAUGUGCCCACCAAAUGGAGGCUUACUGAAAAAAUAUGGGGUCCCAACAGCUUCUCUUUCAAUAUAUUCAGGUUGCCAGGAAAGAUCUUGCAAGUCCUGGAAGUGACUCUUGGCCCUCGCUGGUCCCAAUAUGCCGCACUUUGCUCCUGGAUUUUAGGAAAGGCCCAGUCACUUGGAAGUGUAGUGUUAAGUUUCCUUUGUUUCAAACUCGCCUUUGACCUGCAGAUAUGUGAGCUCAGGUGUGAAUAUCUGUGACAUACAUCUCUUAAUUAACUCCUACCAGAGCAGUGCUCAUAAAUGAAUCUGAAAAUAGAAAUUUAAUAAUGUUCUUUUCAAAUGAUUUUAAAAACUGUUCCUUUUUGGAUGAAAGACAUAAAUGUAAGGAUGUAAGAGAUUCAUUUGGGAUGUAAGAGAUUCAGAGGUCAACCUUUUAGCAAAAGGUUGUGCUAAAUCACAAUUUGAGAUUAAAGUCAAAGAAAAACAAUUUUCCCAUUCUCCCUUUUCUUAGAGUGAUUGUAUUUGACACAGUUAUAAUAGGUUAUCGUAUAAAUAUUUGUAACUAUUUGACAUAGUUCAAAUGAAGUGAGCCAGGAAGAGGUAAACAAACUUCUGUUAGAAUUGACUGAAGGUCCACUAGUAUUUACAUCAGGGUAGAACAAAAGCAAAUUCAUGAAUUUACAAUGUUUAGUCCAAAUCAGUUAUUCAUGUAAGCAUUUCUGCUUUGACUAUAAGAUUUUAGUAUAUAGUAAAUACAGUACAAGAUUUUGCAUUUCCUAAGUAUUACAUGUUGGAUUUUGCAAAGCUUGAAUUAAUACCAGGGAGCCAGCCUCGUCGUCAUAUUUCUCCAGAUGAAAAAUGAAGGCCUCAUUUAAACAGAUUAUUCUACUUGACUAUACAAUGGCAGGUACCUACAAGCUCAAUUACGUAAUAUAAUUCUCUUCUUUUGGAGAUAAAUUUAUUUUGCCUUUUAAGCAAUAACAUAAUUCUUUUUUGUACUAGCCAAUUGCUGGUUCUUUGUGAAUUCAGUGCAUUUAAUUGUAUGCUAAAAUAUGUUCCUUUUUCUUACAUUUAAAGAGGUAUUUGAACUUUACUUAUCACAUGAAAUCGUAAUCCAAAGAUUUGAGAUAUUCUUAAACUGCUUAAAUUUAGAAAUUAUAGAAAUUCUUUAAUUUUAUUGUAUUUCUGUCCUUAAGAAAAGUAAAUCAAACAAGCUUAAUAUUGUCACACUUUAUAUUUAGCACUGUAUGGAGAAAUGCUAGUUCCCAAUACUUGUUAAAACUAAUUGCUGUGUAAAACUAGCAAUUCAUAUUCUCAUAUAAAAUACUUUAAGUUUUUUCUUAGUGAUUGGUUUUAUGCAAUAAGAUUGUCUGAAGUAAUAAGGGGUUUUUUUUUCCUGCAAAGUUUGGAUUCUAAUCUAGACUAUUUUAAUAGAGAAACUCAGUAUAUAUAGGACAGAUAUGCAAUCAGUAUGUACCAGGGAGCUGAGUUGGUGAAUGACUGUGGUCCUCAGUCCUCCAGAGGUUCUCCUCCACUGCAUUGCCUCCCACAGGACCCCCAGACCGCCCCAAGAUCAAGCAAUUAAUGCACAGCACAAUAGGCAUCCUCCAGGACCCUGCCCCAUCCCUGUGUUUAGCUUCUAUUCUAACUGCUCUAUGUCAUGCAUUACCGGUCAUUGGAUAUUUUGACAUCGCCCCUAGGUGGGUAUAUAUAAUAACCAAAAGUCCAAGUGGGUUCCACAACAUUAUUGAGAAACCACAAUUAUGUAUCAAUAAAAAUAAGCUAUUAGUUAUCUGUACAAGAAAGUGUUACUUCUCAAGGAUUGGUGUCAGAUCAAACAUCGUUUUCUCAGGGACUCCUUUAUUGAAGGCCCCCAGCUAUGUCUCCUUACAAUGUCUUCUAUUCUCCCUCGCUUCACGCUGCUUUUACUUUAAUGGAUCUGCUUGUGUAAUGGCUUUCCCAGCAGACUGUAAGCUCCAUUAGGGUAAAGACCAUGUCAGUAUCCCCAGUGCCUACCAUGGAGCUGCUAGGUCAUAGGUGCUCCAUAAAUAUUGUUGAAUAUGAAUAUAAAGAAAGCUAUUUCACAUAGGAUUUUUCGGUGAAAUUAUUUCAUCAUCAUUUGUUAUUGACUUUUUUUCUGGUAUUAAAAAUGUCUUUGGAAUUUAGAUGGACCAAUAUUU